UUUAUUUUUGUUUCAUCUUCAAGUUUAUUUCCUUUUGAUUUGAUUGUUACUAUUUUCUUACUGAUCUAUUGGGUCGAAUGUUUUUUCCCUCUUAAUUUUCUGUUUUAACUAUUUGCUGUCAUAACCAUGAUUCUCGGUGGAUCACCUCAAGAGUUUAUUCCAUAUGGAAGGAAGUUGCUUCCAUACCACCCGAAGCAUCAUUAUUCUGCUCCAAUGGGAAAAGGUGAUUCGGCUUUUAGUUCAGUCGAAACGGCACCAAGUCGAGAUAAUUUUCUAUCCAUUGAUUCUGUUAGCCUAAAGGACCAUUCGUCGGUUGAAACAUGGACACUUCGAGGCUCUAAUGAUGGUGAAGAAGAGCUUUAUACUUGUGACAAUGUUGUCGUUCACAGUGUUUCUGAUGGAGAAUCUGGUUGCCGGUUAUUAAGGAGCUUCACCUUAAAAUCAAAGGUUCAUCAAGCGGUUUGGUGUAGUUUUUAUGAUGAUACAAAAGACACAACAAUCGAGUGUAUCUGUGCCAUUGAUGAUAAAAAUUUGGAAAUAUUUUCAGAAGAAGGAGAUAAUUAUCCGAUUACUUUGCCAUUUCAGGUUUCGAAAUUAAUUCCUACUAAAUUGGGAUUACUUUUGGAACGAGUUCCUCAAUCAAAUGAAAUCAAUCCAAACUCUACAUUUACGCCUUACCCUGUUCUCUAUUUCCUGGGUCAUCCGUUUAAAGAUAUUGGUCCAGUUAUCCUGAAACCAGUGCCAACAAGUAACAAUUCACUGACUUACCUAACAAUGGCCAACAAAUUGGAGUUGGUGUUUUUUGACAAGAAGACAAGUCUCUGUCUAUUUUACCACAAAACCGAGGGUACUCACAGUGUUUGGCGUCUUCGUAAAGCAACUGAAUCCGAAGUUGACCUGAUAACUUGUAAUCAAAGUUCUAGAUCAAGUGUUGACCCCAUGUCUCGAUCAACAUCUCUAAUCGAAUCACCAUUAGUGACCAGUUUAAGACAAUCAACCGGCCUUUUAGCUGGAAAUGUAUCUUCUCCUUUUCGAGGAAUCUCUUCUAAACCAUUAUCAUCUCCUAUUAUUGCUCAAGAACGAAGUUCACCUUGUUGUUCACCUCACGUUCUCUCUCCCCUUCGAACUAGUCGAUUAGCGGCCUCACCCGCUUCUCCCAUGGUACAUCGAGGAUAUUCAACUCCAACCACAUCUAAAAUGAAUCAAUCAUCAAUUAACACAAUGAAAGCCGAAAUUUCAUCUCCUCUGGAACGUAUUUCAACUCCGACACGAUCUUUCCUCACAAUGGACUUUUUCGAUGACAUUGACACACCGAUUCUCCUUGAAGUUUGUAUCGAACACAUUUGGAGUGAACCCGCUCAUGGUCUCACGGGGAAAACAAGAAAAGCUUUUAUAGCCGCUGAUCUGAUGGGUCAAAAUUUCAUGUCUUAUCUUCUUGGUCCACAGCAACAAUUGAAACUGAUUCGUUUUGACUCAAGUAACGAUGGUAAAAGAAUAAUAUUUGGACCAUUAAACUUGAUAAGCGCCAAAGACGCCGAACCAAUUGAAAGUUUAAACAUGAUCUGUGUUCUUGAUCCAUUGAACAAUAUUAUCCUUUACAGUGGAAUCAACAAAGUUAGUUCGGUACACGUUCCCUUCCUUAUAUCACCAACUUCGGGUCUGGUCACUUCUCCGUCAACAUCUAAAUCAUUCUCAAUGCAAACCGCUGUUAUGAGACGAAGUAAUUUAGCCUCAUCAAGCCGACCUUCCAGUUCACUCAGUCAUCAACCAAGAUUUUCCGCUGAAGAUGAAUUAUCUCCAGUUCUACAUGAUCAAAGUAGCUCAACAGUUUUCGAUCCAGAAUCAAGUUUAACAACAUUCUCAUACAAAUCUCUGGCAAUAAUCAAUUCUGUUAAAGAUAAUGUCAAGAAUCGUAUUACAAUUGAGACAAGUCAUUCAAUCAAUUUUCGCCUCUCGUUACCUCCAAUUACAACCUCAAGUGUAGUCGAACUUUGUCUCAAAGCAUUGAAAGCAGUUCUACCAAGAGACACCGGAAUUCAAUUAGUUAUUCGAUGGUAUUCACUUCGAAAUUCACCUGGAACUUAUGAAUUUACACCGGAAAAGGAAUUGGAUCUAUUUAAAUUGUGUCUUCUCUCACUUAUCGGCUAUGAUCUUGAUCCUAAUGCUUUUGAUAUGGAUUUUUAUAGUAACAUAUCACCUUCGUUGGCGAAAAAGUCUAAAAUGGAAUCAGAUGAAAGAGGUUCAGAUGAAGAUUGGAUUUGGUUAUUAUCCAAUUCACCUUCAUCUACAAAGAAAACGUUUAUCCGUCGAGCUGCUGCCGAUAUAUGUAAACCCAUUAAUCCAUCUAAUCCACUUUUUCCUUAUCUUCCAUCAAUCUUAUUCAGUCUUCAUUUGAUUCAUGAGGAAUUACUUUUGAAUAUUUUACUCAAAGAUUAUGCACCACAGCUCUGUGAUAUUAUCUACAUGAUUGCCAGUGAUUUAAAGCUCAUCUCUUAUAAGGAUUAUUAUUGGCGGAUGUUACCAAGUGUCUGUUCAAUGUUAAAUUGUCCCUCAAGGAUUAAUAAGAAAGAUUUUAAAUCAUUAGUUCAUCCAAAUUUUUUGACCGAUUCACCGCCGAUUGCUUAUAAUCAUUUACAAUCCCUAUUAUCUCACAAUGGUACCAAUGGUUUCCCAUAUAUUCCGGAAGUUACUUGUUCAAUUAGACGAAUUGUUUUAAUUUAUUCUUGCUUUAUUAAUGAUAAUCUAUUUGAAAAUAUGGUUCUAACUCCAGUUAAUCAUAUGAAACAAGAUUCACGAUUAUCGAUUGGAUUAGAAAUAAGUUGUUCUGGUUCAGCUCAGGAAAGGAUAAUUGUUUGUAUGAAUAAACUUGAAAUGACACAAAAUGACCUUAAAUGUAUUCCCCCUGGUUUGGUGUUACCCCUUUGGUCAGCUAUUUUCCAUUGUAAACCCGAUCCACCGGUCACUUGGAAUGCCGAUUGUUAUACUUUGAUUGGUCGCGAUGAUUUGGCAAGUCUUUGUGGUACCAAAAGACCAAAAUAUCCGUUGCAAGUGAAAGAAGUGCUUAACAUUGACAACGACGAAGACGGUUUAAGUGGCCUUAAUCGGGAAGCACUUUCACUACUUUUCCCUGAAGAUCAACGCGUCGAUGAAGCUUACGAGAUGUUACAAUCUUCUAAACCCGUUUCGAUUACUAUUCAACAGCGACCUGGUGUAUCUGAUAACGAAUUUAUUGAAGAACAAGAGAGACAUCUUUAUACUCUAUGUAUUCGUACAAUGGCCUUACCCGUUGGUAGGGGAAUGUUAACCUUACGAACUUUUAAGCCGGUGGUUGCCAAAACUUUCCACAUCCCUAAGUUGUGCCUUGGCGGGCGAGUUCCCCCUCGAAAUGUUGUCAUUGAGUUGGCUCAUAUUGAUAUUCCAAGUAACAUGAAUGUUUGGCCUUCUUUUCAUAACGGAGUUGCCGCUGGUCUAAAAGCUUGUCCAAGUGCUUCGAAUACGAUUGAUUCUCAUUGGAUAACUUAUAAUAAAACUAAAAGUAAUUCGUUAGCCGGUGAUGCUCAAAAUGAACACGCUGGUUUCCUUUUCGCAUUAGGUUUAAAUGGGCAUCUUUCUCGACUUUCGACAAUGAACAUUCACGAUUAUUUGUGUAAAGGAAAUGAACUUACCCGAGUAGCGGUUCUUUUGGGUCUCGCAGCGGCUAAAAGAGGGACUAUGGACAUUAGCGUUGAAAGGAUACUUUCAAUUCACGUUGAAGCGCUUUUACCUUCAUCUUCAAUCGAGCUCGAUGUUCCUCCGGUGGUUGAGGUUGCCGCUAUUCUUGGCGUUGGUCUACUUUAUCAGGGUUCAGGUCAACGUCAUAUCGCUGAAAUGUUACUGGGUGAAAUCGGCCGACUUCCUGGACCAGAAAUGGAGCAUUAUAUUGACCGUGAAAGUUAUGCAUUAGCGGCUGGACUUGCUUUUGGUUUGGUUACACUUGGUAAAGGAAAUGAAAUGAUCUCAACUGUCGCAUCCAAUGAAGGUGUUUCCAUGGCCGAUGAAAUGUGUAACUAUAUGAUUGGUGGUCAUAAACGUCCAAUGACCGCCGCUCAAAAGGAGAAAUAUAAAACUCCCAGUUAUCAAAUUAGAGAAGGUGAUAAUGUUAAUUGUGAUGUUACCAGUCCAGGGGCAACUCUGGCUCUUGGGAUGAUGUUUUUCAACACCAAUAACGAAGCGGUUGCUAAAUGGGUCACGGCUCCUGAUACUCAAUACCUAUUGGAAUCUGUUAGACCGGAUUUUCUUCUUCUUCGAACCCUUGCCAAAGGAUUAAUCAUGUGGGGAACGAUAAAACCAACUCGUGCCUGGAUUGAUUCCCAUUUACCGACAAUUGUCUCGGACAAUGCGUUAACACGAGAGGUUGAUUUCAAUUCACGUAUCGAUUAUGAAACUAUGAGUCAAGCAUAUUGUAAUAUUAUCGCCGGUGCUUGUAUGGCAAUGGGUCUUAAAUAUGCUGGUACCGCUAAUCAAGAAGCCUAUUCAGCGAUAUUUUCAUUAGUAAAUAUUUUCAUCACUUUACCUAACGAGCAAGUACUCGCUGAACAAGCGGGUCGUAGUACCAUUGAAUCUUGUCUUAAUGUACUUAUUAUUUCACUCGCCAUGAUUAUGGCCGGAACGGGUAACGUUGAGGUAAUGCGAAUCUGUCGUUUCUUAAGAUCUCGUAUCUCUCAAGUUAACGUUGUCCUUUACGGCUCCCAUAUGGCCUCACACAUGGCCAUGGGUCUACUCUUCCUGGGCGGCUGUCGUUACACCUUAAGUUCAACUCCCGAAUCAAUCGCUGCCUUGAUCUGUGCCUUUUUCCCUAAAUACCCAAUCCAUAGUAAUGAUAAUCGAUACCAUCUUCAAGCCUUUCGACAUCUUUACGUUCUAGCAGCUGAACCACGAUUGGUACUACCUCGUGAUAUCGAUACUAAUAAACUGAUCUACGCCAAUUUGUCCGUUAAACUGAAAGAUCAAAGGAUAUUACGACUUCGAGCUCCAUGUUUCUUACCACAAAUGGAUGCACUAGAAGAAGUGACUCUCGAAGACGAUAGAUAUUGGAAAAUAUCCUUCGAUCGUCACCUAAAUUGGAACAAUUUAACAACCAUGUUAAUAAGAAAUGGAAUCUUAUUCAUUAAACAGAAAGUCGGAUGUUUACCUUACAAAGAAGAUCCAAAAGGUUACAAAAGUAUUCACGCUCAAUGUGUCAUGAAAGAUGCAGUUCGAGGUUGGACUUACAAGUCGGAUAUGUUAACCUCGUUCUCAAGUAAUCCAUUGGUAAUCAAUUAUACUCGUUAUCUAUUAACACCUAAAUCAAACAUUCCCAACGAAGCGAUAUUUCAACAUCAUCUAUCAGCUGUUCUGUUUCAUUGUGCUUCCAAUGAAACCGUUGAGUGUUUACCUUCAAUCAUGCAUUUCCUGAAGAUGAUCAACGAAUCGGAAAAACUGACCCCAUUUUAUUUGAUUCAAGUUCGUCUCUUGAUUCAUUGUCUUCCUAAAUGUGAUUUCAUAAAAAUGGACUUUUUCGAGGCUUUGAAAACACUGGUCGAAAAUAACAUGAAAGGUCUGGAUAAAGCUUCAUUAAUCAGCUAUUUAAGAGGGGAAAAAGAUUUAUCCGAAAUGGACAAUCAAAUCAAUUCGGCUUUGAUAUUUUACCAAUUACCUCCAUAUGCAUCCCUGGCACCAUUAAGAGGAAAAAUUUCCUUCACUGACGUUAUAUUGAACAUCCAACAUUUUAAUCUGUCAAAUACAUCGCUAUUAAUGCUUUCGAAAAUUUUUUCUAAUUAAAUUGUCCAUUCAAUCAUUUGGAUGGAUAAUUUUCUCUAAUUGUUAUUUUAUAAUUUAUUGUCGCUAAUUUGAUUAUUUGGAAGAUGAAAUAAGACCAAAUAAUAUCAACCUUUCAAUGGAUCCAAUGUCCAAAGAAUAUCUCAACUUUAAUCAUCGUAAUUGUCAAAAUAAUUAUCUUUCUAUAUCAAUAAAUCAAUUGAACAGAAUCAAAACAA